AUGGCUAACAACAUAAUUUGUGUUGGUUGCCUUGUAUGGCCAGUUCCAAUCACUUAUCUAAACUUCUACUAUCUUCCCGAGUUUUAUAAUGUUCUUGCUGGUCAGAUAAUUGGAUGGUUCGCAUGGAGCUACAGUCCAACAACCCAAAUUUUACUUGCUGGAAACAGAGUAAUGGCUGUUUAUUUCCCACAAUCGUACCAUGCAAAAUAUAAAUAUUCUCCGAAUCGUAAAACCGCUAAAGUGUCAUCAGUUCAAUCACUGAAUCGUCAAAGAAGAAAUCGUCGAAUGUUAUUUCAGAGUGUAUGUCAAGAUUUGAUAAUAGCAGUUGAUACGUUCAAUACAACUUACGCUUGGUCUUUUUAUCCUGCAUUAUGGUUUCAAUUUCUAGUUUGUUCCUAUUCAAGAAUACUAGCAAGAACACUAGAAGGAUUAGUAAUGAUUUUAAUAAACGAAUCGAUUCGAGAAGCAAUUCAAACCAAAGUCUUCAUGAAAACAAAACAAACGAAUAUCAGUGAGACACCAGCCACUUCCACGUUGGCAUCUUAUUCCAAGAAUAUCGUUGCUUCGAAUCGAUUGUUUUCUGUUCGCAUCAAUCACUGA